GGAGAUUUUUAAAAUGUGUACAGAUAUUGUUUUGGAGUGAAAAAGAAAAGCAAGAAAUAUUAAACAACAUCAAAAGCACGGAGAUGGAAUGCUGAAGAACUGGUACGAGUUUGUAGGCUGUUUUUUUUGUUUUGUUUUUCACAUUGUUUGAAGAUCUUAAAUCGUCUGAGGAAAAUAAUGCUAGGUGGCAGUUCGAAGCGUGGUAGAUAGCAGCACAAGUUUCAGAGUUUGAAACCGGUAUAACUCUUUGAAAUAAUGGAGGAUUAAUGUCAGAAGAGGGUUUUGUUUUCGGAGAAAGAAGUACAUUGGAGUUUUGACCAGGUUUUGAAGUUCCCUGUUUCAAUGGGGGACGGAUUGUGAGCAACUUACCGAAUUGCGGUGCAGCUGGAGAGUUUUGUUAUCGGGCUUUGAAGCUUUUUUUUUUUGAAGUUGUGGAGUUGGGCGGCGGCUUUGUUUUUGGUUUUAUAUAUAAAAUUAUUGGUCUUCAAUGCUUUUGCUCCAAGUUGAAGCAGGGUAAAUCGGAGAACAGCGUUUAGAAAGGAUGAUGUUCACGGAAGGGCUAGAUUCAAGCGCCAUUAACUGGGUUAGAAAGUUAACUUUUUUGCAGGGUGUGGAGAUUAAACGACAUCCGACACAAGCACAGUAUCCUACUCAUAAUAUGGAUCCAGUUUACAAUGACCGAAGUGGAAGCCGAGGCUUCGGUCUUCCUCCGUCACAGUUGCGGAGUGCUCAUGUCCUAUCCGGUCCAAUUCCCAAUCCUCGAUCAGCUCGAGAUCCUGCUGUCAAAGAGAAUGUUGGUAAUCAUACCUCAGAGUAUGAAGAAACAUCAGACUCUGGUGGCGAGCGAGAAUAUGGAAGAUAUUCAGGCGAUUCUUCUCCACAGGAAGAUCAAAAUGGAAAUCACUAUAGAGACUUUGAACAUGGUUAUAAUGGCACCGGUAUGGCACGCCGGUCUAUGCCCCCUACGCAACGCAGAGAAACAUAUACAGGCGAUUAUUUGUACUCUUAUGGAAAUUCCUCAUUGCGCUCACAGAGGCAGCAGCAUAUCUCUAAUGAUUUACCAGAGCAAAGGAACUUUGGGCAUCAACUGGAUUUAGGAGCAGGCGAGCAGAGAUAUCCUUAUAGUUAUAAUAGUAGGCAACAAAAUGAAUACAUUGAAGAUGAAUCUUCAGAAAGUGGAAUGAGUUUUGAAGAAUUUGAAGAUCGUUUUCCUAGAGAUCACGUUAUUCGCCAAGGGACAGGUGUUCCCAAUUUUAAGGUUGUUGCGGAGAAUAUUCAAGAGGAUACAACCACUCAUGCAACUAAAUCAAGGUCCAAAAUAUUGCAGCAAAGGUCAUCCGAGUUUGUUCCACAGCAUCAGCCAACUGAGAUGCGGCAGGAUCUUCACAAUAGUAGUAGCUGGCCUGGCAAUUUGUCAGACAUGGAAAUGCCCAGUGCACCGCCAAUUGAUGGUUCCAUGGGUGAACCAACUGUUACAGGCCUUCGGACUAAUCCUGUCUAUUGCUCUGAAACUUCUACUAGGAGAGACACUGUAGAAGCAGACAUUAAGCGUGGUAGGGCACAACAUCCUCUCCAUAAUGCAGUCUUGAAUAAGGGACUGGAUGGACAUGACACAGUACGGAAAACAAAGGAUGAACAUGCAAAGCCUGCUUCUGUGGUUGUUGGAGAUACAACAGGUAAUUCGUGCAAACAAUCUACAAAUAUAGCAACUACCCUACCCACAUUUCAUCUCAGUGGCCAAGGAGCUUGGCAUGCCCUUAUUGCCUAUGAGGCUUGUGUGCGGCUUUGCCUUCAGGCAUGGGCCAGAGGUUGCGUGGAAGCUCCCGAGUUUCUUCAUAACGAAUGCACACUGUUGCGUAAUGCUUUUGGAUUGCAGCAAAUACUAUUACAACCAGAGGAGGAAUUGCUGAGAAAAGGCUCCACAGAUGCUACCCUAGAAGGGUCUGCUCCUAAGCCAAAGAAAACCGUAGGAAAAAUUAAGGUGCAAGUGCGUAAGGUGAGGAUGGUGCUUGAUUCGCCAUCUGGAUGCACUUUUCAUUCAUUUGGAUCAUCACGUGUAAACUUUGGAUCUCUACGUAGAAAAACUUCCAAUCUUCAGUCAACACUUUUGUCUGGAUGGGAAGCAGUGAGAAAAGUUCGUGUUGCACCCCAUGUUCCCCUGCAUGGCACUUACACUCAGCGUAGUAUGGCAUAUAUGCAAGCAGGUGGACGCUAUGUAAGACAAGUGUCUAGCCUUCUAAAAACAGGUGUCACGUCUCUUCGCAGCAGCUCAGUGAAUGAAACUACACAAGAGACUUACUCUUGUUAUCUGAAACUGAAGAGCUCAAUUGAAGAAGAAGCUUUCCGAAUGCAACCAGGAUCUGGUGAAAUGCAUGUCUUCCUACCAGAAAGUCCGGGGGACGAUCUCAUUGUAGAAGUUCAGGAUUCCAAGGGUAAUGUACAAGGACGUGUUUUAGUUCAACUUGCUUCUAUUAGUGAUGAUCCGGUAAGCAAUGCAUUUCUCUUCUGUCUUCUCAUUCUGAAAGAAAUGAUGUUAGCCAUCAGUAUGGAUAAGAUCAGAGACUACAUUAAUACUGAUGUAUACAAUUUUGUGCAGACAGAUAAAACACGCUGGUGGUCUAUUUAUAAAGAGCCAGAACAUGAGUGUGUGGGGAAAAUUCAGCUCUUUAUAAACUACAUAACAAGUACGGAUGAAAUGGGUGCUAUGAAGUGUGGCCCUGUUGCAGAAACUGUUGCCUAUGAUUUGGUAUUAGAAGUUGCAAUGAGAGUGCAACAUUUUCAGCAAAGGAAUUUACAUCUACAUGGGCCUUGGAGGUGGUUAUUGACAGAGUUUGCUUCAUAUUAUGGAGUUUCAGAUGCAUAUACAAAGUUAAGGUACCUUUCAUCUAUUAUGGAGGCUGCAACACCUACUGAAGACUGUCUUAUACUAGUACAUGAUUUGCUUGUCGCUGUAGUAAGUGCUCGGGAUGGGAAUGCUUUAAGUCGACAAGAGAAACGGAUUUUAGGAGACAUUGAAGACCAAGUGGAGCAAUUGCUUGCUUUGGUGUUUGAGAAUUAUAAAUCAUUGGAUGAUUCAAUACCAUCAGGCUUAGUUGAUGUGUUUGGACCUGCUACUGGCAUUGCUGCACCAGCUCUUACCCCUGCUGUAAAGAUAUAUACUCUCCUCCAUGAUAUACUAUCUCCUGAGGUGCAGUUAAAUUUGUGCAGCUAUUUUCAGACUGCUGUGAAGAAAAGGUCGAGGCGACAUAUAGCAGAGACAGAUGAGUUUGUAGCAAAUGGCAAUGAAGGAAUAUUGAUGGAUGCAUUAAAUAUUUCAACAGCAUAUUCGAAAAUGAAAACACUUUGCUUGAAUAUUCGAAAUGAAGUUUCAACUGAUAUUGAAAUCCAUAAUCAGCACAUUUUACCCAGUUCUAUAGAUCUUCCGAAUAUUGCUGCUGCCAUAUAUAAUGUGGAUCUAUGCAACCGAUUACGAGCAUUUCUUAUCGCAUGUCCUCCCUCUAGCCCUGCUCCACCUGUGGGAGAGCUUGUAAUUGCAACUGCCGACUUCCAGAGAGAUAUUGCCAGCUGGAAUAUUAGUCCCGUAAAAGGAGGGGUUGAUGCAAAAGAAUUGUUCCAUUUGUACAUAGUCCUAUGGAUUCAGGAUAGACGUCUUUUACUGCUCGAGUCCUGUAAGCUUGAUAAGGUGAGAUCAACUGAGGUUACGACACAACAUUCAACAUCACCAUUUGUUGAGGACAUGUAUGAACGCAUUAAAGACACAUUAAAUGAAUAUGAAAUCAUUGUUCGUCGCUGGCCUGAAUACACAUUCGCUUUAGAGAAUGCCAUUGCUGAUGUAGAAAAGGCAGUGCUGGAGGCAUUGGAAAAGCAGUAUGCUGAUGUUUUGGCACCGCUUAAGGAAAAUACGGUGCCUAAGAAAUUUGGUCUCCAAUAUGUGCAGAAGCUUACAAAACGUCGAUCAAUGUGCCUUUACAGUGUUCCUAGUCAAUUGGGAGUAUUCUUGAACACUAUCAAGAGGCUUCUUGAUGUACUUCGACCUAAAAUUGAGGCACAAUUGAAGUCAUGGGUCUCAUGCCUGCCUGAAGGUGCCUGUGGAAAUAUGAUAUUUGGUGAACACAUGAGUGAGAUCACUGUUAUGUUGAGAGCUAAGUUUAAGAAUUAUUUGCAGGCCAUUAUAGAUAAACUUGCUGAUAAUACUCAAGUGCAACGCGAGACCAAAAUCAAAAAAAUUAUUCAGGACACAAAGGAUUCAGGUGGAGAGUCUGAGAUUCGAGAUAGAAUGCAGGCUUUGAAUACUCAACUGAUUGAGACAAUCUCCAAUCUUCAUGAUCUAUUUACAAGCCGUGUCUUUGUGGCCAUUUGUCGUGGAUAUUGGGAUCGCAUGGGACAGGAUGUUCUACACUUCUUAGAAAAUAGAAAGGAAAAUAGGUCCUUGUACAAAGGUUCUCGUAUUACUGUGGGAAUUCUAGAUGAUACUUUUGCAUCACAGAUUCAGAGAUUACAAGGUCAUGCUCUCCAAGAAAAAGACCUUGAGCCACCACGCUCUAUUAUGGAAGUUCGUUCAAUGCUUUGUAAAGAUGCUCCAAAUGGUACAGAUUCGUCAAACUAUUACUACUUCUAAGGUUGCAUCAAAUUGAAUCCAGAAAUUCUCUUCUAGAAUUUCAGUCUUUUUGUACUGUUACAAAAAGAACAGAAGCAAUAUUUGUUGCUUCUGUAGAAACUGGAAUUGGGCUGGGAGAAAUGAGAAUUUUGAUCCAUCAAUAAUGUUUUGGAUGUCACAAGUGUAUAUUUUUGUUGCCUUUUUCAAGUUCAUUAUAUCACAUAUUGUAUUUAUACUGUCGAGAACACACCAAUCAUUGCGUAGGCUUUGAAGCUAUCAAGACAGUGCAUUGAUAUAUUAUGGCUAGGAAUUUCUUGCUUAUAUGGCAACAACGAUUGAUAGUUGUUUGUUUGUCAUUUUUGAGGAUCAUAACAAUUGUAAGUGCUCUAAGAAUUGCGACUUAAGACUUACCUAUGUAAGUUGUGGCACAAUGAUCCAAGAACAUGUAAAAUACAGGGGUAGUGGGCUUACACUUGAUCUUAAAACAUGCUUUGAGCACUACAGGUGGGAAGAUUUUGAGAAAUGUAUGCCUAAUGUAGGACCGCAGGUUUACAAGACAAUUGAACGAGUGGGAGAUCCAUAAUAAUAAACGGGUUAUACAAAUACACAACUUGUUUGUAAGCCCGGACAUAAACUCAAUUUCGGCACUGGACAGACUAAUGUCAAGGGAUUACAGUUUUUAACUGUAUUGGGCCAUACAGGUGAUACAGAUUGCUAAUUCUUGUAGCACAAGUCUGCACAUUUUUGUUAUUAAGUUUUCAAUCACUCCUUUUGUUUUUGCA